AAAACCAAACACUCAUCCUCGCUGAGUCUGCGGAGUACAUUUUGGAGCAUGCGCAAUACGGUUCAGAAAUGUGGCCGAGUGCGGACAGACUCAUGCGCUGUCUGAAUCGGCGAGGACGUGGACUUCUCCUCGCAGGCGCAUACUAUAAAGGUCCGCAGAGAAGCAGCAGCGACUUCACACAGACUUACCACGAUGGUUUAUAUCCAGGACACAUACCAACAACUCUUCUGCAGAAAAGUUUGUUGGCGGUCGGGUCAGGGAUGGCUGCACUACAAAACCCAUACAGACAUGAUAUGGUGGCUGUUCUGGGGGAGACUACUGGUCACUUAGCAUUAAUCAAGCUCAGAGACAGCAUGAGAAAUGACCCGGAGGGCUAUUCCAUACUAAUGGAGAGGCCCAGGAUACGGCUGUCUACUCUAGAUUUAAACAAGAUGUCCUUGAUGCCUGAUGGGUCAUUUGGAAGAGAAUAUCUUCGUUUUCUGGAUGAUAAUCAUGUCACACCGGACUCACGGGCAGAUGUGAAGUUUGUAGAUGAUGAGGAGUUGGCCUACGUCAUGCAGAGAUACAGAGAGGUGCAUGAUUUCAUGCACACUCUACUUGGCAUGCCAACCAAUAUGUUGGGUGAGGUUGCUGUAAAAUGGUUUGAAGCUGCCAACACAGGACUCCCAAUGUGUGCCCUAGGAGCUAUACUGGGACCACUCAGACUAAAAACACGUCAUUUGCAGACACUGUUCAAGACCCUGGGGCCAUGGGCUUUACAGAGUGGUCGGAAGACUCGGUGCAUCUUAAACAUUUUUUAUGAGCGAAGAUGGGAGCAAAGCAUACAGGACCUUCAUGAGGAACUCAACAUUGUUCCACCACCUGUCAUUGUCACCACCAAGAGCAAACACAAACAAUGGACAAACCAUGAAUGACUUCCUCUGUGAAAAUUACUGCUGUUGAUGUGCAUUUGAAUGAUUUUGCUUAUCAAGUCAUGUUUUGUUGCAAUAAAACAGGUUAUUUUUA